CCUGGCCGGGACCGUCCUGUAUUAUUGGAUAACCCCACCUGGCCGGGACCGUCCUGUAUUAUUGGAUAACCCCACCUGGCCGGGACCGUCCUGUAUUAUUGGAUAACCCCACCUGGCCGGGACCGUCCUGUAUUAUUGGAUAACCCCACCUGGCCGGGACCGUCCUGUAUUAUUGGAUAACCCCACCUGGCCGGGACCGUCCUGUAUUAUUGGAUAACCCCACCUGGCCGGGACCGUCCUGUAUUAUUGGAUAACCCCACCUGGCCAGUCCGAUCUGCCGGCCUCCCUGCCGAGGGGAGCAGCGCUGUUAGACAUUCAUGGCGAACCCUGCUGUUCAUGCAGCUAAUAAAACGCGACGGUUAACCCAGGCACGGCUUUACUAGCGAGGGCAGGAAGAACAUGCUGCCGUGUUAAAGGAGAUGGAUGCGCGCUGCUGGUUUUGCAGCAUGGUGUCUCCUGUGGAUUCAAGUAUUUGGAUUGUGUUCAAAUGUUUUCGAACAAAAUAGGAUUUUUUGUGUUUGUUACCUGCACGGAGUUCCGGGACAAAGCACCCCGCCGUGUUGCAUUGAGGUCCCCAGAAGGGUGGUCUGCAACUUCUCGAUGUGAUUACGGAGAAAAACGCUUCAGCAGAGCUCUGCGGGACUCAAAGACGAAAGCUGCUCCUUGCAAAGUAACACCAGCCUGUGCCCUUUCUUCAUCGCGCCAGAGGAAAUGCUCAAAGCAUUUGAAUGAGAGGUUCCAGUUAAAAAGAUAAAUAGUAAAUAACAUUUUGACGGAAGUGUUUGUGAAUGAAGAGGAGUCCGCUCCACCUGUCUCAAAGCGAAGAUGGACGUCAGCGUCUCCGUGUCCUUCUUUCAAGAGCAGCUCGGCUCUGCCAUCGAGCACGCAGUGAAGGCGGCUGUAGACACCGUCUUGUGGGAAAUUACUAAAGCUGUCGGCAGCAAAUUCACUGAGUUGCACAUAGAAAUGUGCGGAAUGGAGAAGGAGAAUGAAAGUCUGAAGCUGAGACUGGAAAUAUCAGAGAGCGAGUUGAAAGCGCUGCGAGAAUGCAUGAGCGCUGCAGGGGCAGAUAUUAAACAACCCCUCACAUUGCAAGAUCCCAAAGAGAGCCACGCUAUCCCUGAAUCUGAAGCACAGGAGAGGUCAGCGAUCGAAGCGGUUUCCACACAAGAGGAGUCCUUUGAGCAGGAGUGCUGUGCAAGUCUAGUGCAGGUUACAGAGCUGCCGUUUGUUAAAGAUGAAGAGGUCCCUCAACAGGAAUGUGUUCCUAUCAAAGAGGAGUUCAUAGAGCAGGAAUGUGUCUCCAUCGCAGAGGAACUUCCUGCUGAAUAUAAUGCCUGUACACUUGAGGAGAGCAAGCUGGGAUCCAGGCUGUGUGAUGAGUCUCCAUCUGAAUGUGAACUGGGAUUGAGAGCUUCUAUAGUAGAUGAAGGAGAACACGAUUCCACUCCAUCACCGCACUGCGAAAACUCUUCUAAUGGCAAACCACAACGCAAGAAACACAGAGAGACGACACCCCAAGAAGAAAAUGUGAAGACAUUGAGAACUCACUUAGAUAAAAUCCCUUCUUUACAAGACAGACCCCCUCUUACUGUGGAGAGUACAGAGAUGCCACAUUCUGCAUGUUUUAACAGUUCUGAAACCCAGGGCAACUUGAAGACCUUGCCUCAUUCUAUUACAGGUGGGAAGAGUUCCUAUCAAUUAGGCUCUAAUAAGACUCGCAAGGGAAAUCACACAGGAGGGACUCCAUUGGCCUGUGGUGAUUGUGGGAAGAGUUUCAAAUUUUUAUCAAAGCUUAAAAGACACCAGCGUGUUCACACAGGAGAGAAACCUUAUCACUGCAGUCAGUGUGGGAAGAGAUUCAAUCAGUUAGGAAGCCUUAAAAUCCAUCUGCGCGUUCACACAGGAGAGAGACCUUUUCACUGUGCUGAAUGUUGGAAGAGAUUCAGUCAGUUAAGUGACCUUAAAAGACACCAGCGCAUUCACACAGAAGAAAAACCUUAUCACUGCACUGUGUGUGGGAAGAGUUUCACACGGUUAGGAAAUCUUCAAACACACCAGCGCAUUCACACAGAAGAGAAACAUUAUCACUGCCCUGUUUUGUGGGAAGAGUUUCAGUUUUUUAGCAAACCUUAAAAUCCACCAGCACAUUCACACGAGAGAAACCUCAACACUGCUGAAGUGGGAAGAGAUUCAGUCAUUUAGAAAAUCUUAAAAGUGUGCAGCCCUCUCCCUGCACUUCAUGUGGGAAGAAGUUCAGUCAGCUGGAGACUCUUGAAGGACACAAGAGGAUUCUCAGAAUUUCAGACACUUGAGGACACCUAAACCAGGAGUAAGUUUGACUAAAAUACAGAAAUAUUUACUGAAAACAAAAGAAUAAACUCGCUUGAUUAAAUAGUCACUCCUGAUCACAGUUACUUUUAGAUCAAAAACUCGCGGAUAGAAAUUAUGAAAUAGACACGACAGUAGAUGAGGAACAGUUAAAUGAAAUAGAAGAAAUCAGAGAUUGAAAAAAAAAAACUACAGCAUGGGCUGGUUAAUGUACUUAAAGAAAAAAUACGGACAUUCAUUUUAUGGAAGUCCAAAAAAUCAACAACCUAAAGGAAUUUUGUGCCAGUGCAGGAAGUCUAACUGAGGACCAGUAUGCAGACUCCACUUUUAUAAAGUUGAACUGGACUAAAUGGCGAUUUUAACAGUAGAAGAUUUAACAUCUCUGUUGACAGCGAGUUUAAAACCAGCAGUAAUGCAUUCCUAUCAGUCAGGCGCCUCUGCCGCCACGGGAUCUGAAGCUACCUCUCGAGGGUCAGCUCCUGUACCCACCUCCCAAGGGUCAACUUCUGCCCUGUCCUGCAAGGCCUAAGGCUGCCGCGCCUGCACUGCCCGGGGCUGCCUGGUCGCCGGUCCCUCUAUGCUGUUGCCGCCUCUGAAGCCGGGGGGCCGGUUUCCAUCAGCUGAGAGUCCAAGUAGGAGCAUUCCAGCUCCAGCCAACCCCCAGCCCAUUACACCUGCUCGCAGGUGCGGCCAGUGUUUCCGUCGGCUGGCUCCCGGACUUUCUGACUUUGUGUGAGCGUUAAGUGUUGAGCCAACGGCCCUGAGGUGGCUGGCCUCCCAUUAACAGCAGAGGAAGCUGGGAGUGGGAAAUGUUGUGUUUUGCUGUAGUGAUUGUAAAAUGCAUUUAUUGUUGUGAUGUUUUACAUGUAAUUGUAGAAACUCUACCUGUUUUAUUUGUUGUAUGAAUGUCAUCUUGAAAGCUUGGGGGAGGGCUGUCUGUAAGUGUGUCUAUGUGGUAAGAGUGUGGAUGAUGCAAACUUCUUAUUAGCUGCCUAUUACCUGCAUUGUACCUGAAAGCCUUGGGGUGUGUCCAUAUUUCUGUGCUCGUUACACUAUCAAUCUGUACGUAUGAGCAUUCUGUGUUUUAAUGUAAUUGAAACGGUUAAAAACUGUGUAUAUAUAAACAUACACACACACACCAGUAAAUUAUAUAUGAUAUAUUAUUUAUUUUGGCGACACUGUAUUUGUAAGGUUGAGAGAAAUUUGUAAGUUUUCAUGUCCCAGUAAUGUAUAGACUGUCACCAUUAAUGUACCAAAAACGUUUUUAUUUACUGAUAUGCAAAUACAUACAUUUUAUAACCCUAACUCUGCAUUCCCUCCCACCCUCUUACAAGCAGUGGAAGGGGCAAGGCAACACAAGCAACCACAGACAGCCAUCACCAGUUAAGAAGAACAACAUCCAGCUCUCUACAGCUAACACCAGAGACAUCCAUCAUCAUGGUCUACCAGGUGUAUGAGGUCUACUGCCAUGCCAGUGUGUUUGGGGGGGGGUCGUGUAUAUCUGGGCACUGCUUAAGCAGGUCUAGUAGGAGAUAGAUGCAUAAAAGAGGCACCACCAUCACACUGUAUCUCUAUGAAUUCCACUGCUGUGAUCAAUGUCUAAUGUGGCAUCCACAUGUUUAAUGUGCAUCAGUUUGUUGGGUAGGGACCUGCAUGCAGUGCAACAUCAGGGUUAUUAGAGAAUGAGCAGACAGCAGAUGAGGGGUGUCUCGCUACCGCUAAAUUAAUGUUGGUGAUGCGAGCGUGCAACCCCAAGGACCCUUGUGGCUAAUGAAGACAUAGAGGGAUCUACCACACUGAGUCGGUAGAACCUGGUGAAUGUAUGAGGGGUAGCCCAGCUAGCCACAGUACAAAUAUCGGCCAAUGAGGCACCUCUAAAAUCUGUUGGAUUUUAUUUUGAGCACACAGUAUGCAGAGCAGCAUGUGAACGAUUGACUGGAGCGGCUGCUGAAUCACCCUACACGAAGGAGAGGGGGGAGUGAGCCGUGGACUUUAACUGAACCCGAUACAAAGGGGUUUCUACAGGAUCAUGAAUACCUUGGAGCAUCUGAGCAGAAUUUAUGGAGGAAACGGAAAGCUGGAGACAGCAGAAGGGAAGUCAUAAAGAAGAUCAUGGGGCCAUCCCAUGCAGGAUGAGAUCACCCAUGGCCCAAAAACAAUGGAGACAGUUGUGAGGGAAUGUAUAGGUCUUUGUGUAAAAGUCCUAUAAGAACUGGCAAUUUGCAGCAAGAUCUUUGGGAAUUGGUUUCUGAAACUGGUUUCUGAGUCUAAAAUGGCUCCAUAAGAGAAGAUAGCGCUAAGCUUUAUACCACUUGACUGCAAGAAAAUUCUGUGCCCUGCAAUAAACGAACGUCAACGAAAGCUCCAUGUUCAGGACUCCUGUUAAUAGGAAAAAGAGACGUCUGCGAGUCAGUUUAUCUAUGCAUCAAAAAGAACCAUUCCAGGCUCGGACACAAGCUUCUGUUCCAGUGUGUAAUCGCAGCAUAACGAGACUGUGUCUGCCUUUGGAGGCGGAGCAUUCAAGAAGAAAACACAGGACGUGUGUGAAACACCUACUUGGGCUUUGAAGAUAAAGGAACCCAACUUGGUUUUGAAGAUUUGUGGAAACGAAGCGAAGACAUAACUGCAACGGAAGACUUGAUCUGCAGACCUUUGAGGUCUUCUUCAA